GGAGCUUCCUUAUCGUCUUCUUCUUUGUUCCUCUCCGCCCUUCAAAAAAACCCACCAACCCGCUACCGCCAGUCCGUCGUCAUCGGAUUCAACUCCUCCGUGCGCCGGCUAGCUUCUACUAAACCACAUCGCCGACACCUCUAAUCCGCGUGCUGUUCAUCCCGCCCCUGCCUGAAAAAUCUCCACUCCGAAGUUGGCACCUUAGCUUUGUUCGUUAAUGGCGGAAUAGAAUCAGAAUAAUGUCAAGGGUCACCAAGUGGAAGCUGGAUAAGAAUAAAGUUAAAGUGGUAUUUCGGCUUCAGUUUCAUGCAACACAUAUUCCACAGAAUGGAUGGGACAAGUUAUUUGUAUCCUUUAUUGCAGCGGACACUGGCAAGACAACGGCAAAGACAACAAAAGCAAAUGUGCGAAAUGGAACCUGCAAAUGGGCAGAUCCUAUUUAUGAAACUACCAGGCUUCUCCAAGAUGUUAAGAGCAAAGAAUAUGAUGAGAAGCUCUACAAACUUGUUGUUGCAAUGGGUUCUUCACGAGCUAGCAUUCUUGGUGAGGCUUCAAUCAACCUUGCCGAACAUGUUGAUACUUCAAAGCCUUCCAUAGUUGCAUUACCUCUUCUUGGUUCUGAUACUGGAACUAUAUUACAUGUCACUGUGCAGUUGCUAACAUCCAAAACAGGAUUCAGAGAAUUUGAGCAGCAAAGGGAACUCAGUGAGAGGGGCUUGCAGUCAGGAGUUGAUAAUAAGCCUGAUUAUAAGGGUCCUGGAAAAGUGUCAGUUUCCAAAGAUGCUGCCCGUGAUGAAAUGGAAAAGGUAACCAGAAAGACUAAAUUUAGACCAGAUGCCAAAGAACUCUGGUCAGUUGAAGAAGUAGAAGAACCUGGAGAUUUGACUGCUGGGUUUGAUGGCUCUUCCAACACAUCGGAAAGCUUCAAUGCCGAGAAAAAUGAUACCUCAAGUGCACAUGAAAUUGAUAGCCUGAAGAGUGAAGCUUUUGGUGACUCAAAUGAACCUCUCCAUUGUCAAAGCCCACAACAAAGACAAACAAAUUCUUAUGAAAGUCAAGCUUUGGCUCAUGGGAGUAAUGACUCAUUUCAUGGAUGGGGUUCAGACUGCUCUAUGGGCAAUGACUUGGCAAUUGCACGUGAUGACAGCAAUCAGAUCAGAGCAAGCUUAGAAUUGGAAGAAUCAAACAUUUUUGAGCUUAAGAUAGAAGUAAGCUCUAUUCAAAGACAAGCCGAUGAAUUAGGCAUUGCAACUGAUAAGUUUGCUCACCUUCUUGCUGCUGAGAUAUCCUCUGGCGAAGAAUUGGCAAAAGAGGUGCAUGUCCUGAAACUUGAAUGUUUGAAGGCCAAGGAUGAUAUUGAAAGACUACAGAAUUUACAGAUAACCCCUCAUUGUACAGAAAAGCAAAAUUGCCCCUUAAUUCAAGAAACUCAAGAUAAAUGGAUCAAAAGAAUUUUACUGCUCGAAGAAAGGUUAACGGACUUCCAAAAAAAGUUGAACCUUGGCUUCCAUGAAAGAGAACAACGGUUUCUCCAGUCUGAAUUUGAGGCCGUGCUUCAGAUUUUGCAUGAUAUAAAGCUAGGGUCAAUGGAUGAAAUAUCCUUGUUAAACAUUGCACCACACAUAAAUGCAGAUGCAAAAGAGUUACGCAACAGUUGCUUACAAAAAGCACAACACUCUUUGCCAGGACUCGGUUUGGAUUUGGAUUUGUGUCCACCUGAAGAUAUACUUCAUCAAUUUAGCAUGCCUGCCCUAGUUUCUCAAGGACCUAAUUUUGAUCUGAUAAGAGAACUGGAUGAGGCAAAGUUUGAAAGGGAAACCCUUGUUAAGAAAAUGAAUCAGAUGGAGUGCUACUAUGAAGCACUUGUUCAAGAGCUUGAGGAGAAUCAGAAGCAAAUGCUUACUGAGUUGCAGAGUCUUAGGAACGAGCACUCUACGUGCAUGUAUACACUUUCAAUCAAUGAAGCUGAAUUGGACUCCUUACGCCAAGAUAUGCACCUUCAGAUUGCACAACUUGUUGACGAGAAUCACAAUUUAGACGCCAUUAACAAAGAGCUUGGUGAAAGAGCCGCUUCGUCAGAAGCAGCUCUUAGGAGGGCACGCAUGAACUAUUCUAUUGCUGUUGAGAAACUACAAAAGGAUCUUGAGCUCCUUUCAUCACAGGUUGUAUCCAUGUUUCAGAGUAAUGAGAACCUUAUCAAACAAGCAUUUCUAGAACCUUCAGUGGCAGACGACCUUGAGUACAUAAAUGGCUUGCAAAACUUAGAACGUUAUGAUGCUACAAAGCAAUUUCAGCUCUACAAUGAAAAUUUAAAUUCAAGGAAACAAGCAGCCUGUGGAGAUGUCUUUUUAGAGGACUUGAAGAAGUCACUCUGCUUACAGGAAGCGCUUUAUGUGAAGGUUGAAGAAGACCUUAAUGAAAUGCAUUCUGUUAAUUUCUUCUUGGACAUAUACUCAAAGACUCUAGUUGAGAGCCUGCUGGAAGCAGAUCACAAGUAUGCAUUAAUGAAGAAAUAUAUGAGUGAGCUUGCGCAACAUUUAAAGUUUUCAAAUGAAUGCAAGGAUCAGUUAAUGGCAAAGCUCCAAUAUGCUUUGGAAGAUAUUAGCUUUUUUAAGGAGGAGAAGGUUAGAUGCUUGGACAAAUGCAAUGAACUUGUUCUCCAGAAUCAGACUUUAGUGGAUAAACUGGAAAUGAUUUCAGAGGAGAACUGUCUUCUCACCAAGAAGCUCAUGGAUGGAGAGAGAAUUUCAGCAGAAUAUGGAAAUUGCCUGUGUAAAUAUGAGUCUUGUUUGCAACAGAAUGCAAAGUUGUCGAAUUUACUAGAACAAGGAAUCCUAGAAAAUGACAAGCUCCAUACUGAAAUAUCUGUUCUAAAGGAGGACCUGAGAUUGGUUGAGUCAGAACGUGACGAGUUGGCUAAGUCAAAGGAAAUCCUUCAGGAAAAUGCCAGCUUUAUGCAAGAUAAGCUGGUUAAUUUGUUGGAAUCCAAUGAUCACCAAUUGAUUGGGACUCAUUUGGGAAGAUCCAAUCAUCUUGACUUGGACUUGAAUAAUCUCAAAGGGCUUUUGGUCCAAGUUGAAGAGAUCCAACAUAAAUCAUUUAGCAAGGUUAUUCAACUCAUGGAAGAGAACAAGCGCAUAGAAAUUGAAAAACAUGAUUCUGAAGUGUCCCUUAGCAGAGCGAGUUCAGAAAUUCUUGCUCUGAAGGAAAGGUUUAAAAUUAAUAUGCAAGAUUUGUCAACUAAAUUAAGCACAUCUAAUGCCCUUGUGGAGAAGCUUCAGCUUGGACUUGAAUCUGUAGCAAAUAAACUUCAAUUCACCGCUGAAAUGGAUGAAAACCAUGCGCUACAGAACAUAGUGUUAGGAGAUCUCUCUUUCAGGAAGGUUGAACUUCAAAGAAAUGAAUAUUUCUUUCAAGAUAAAUUGAACCUGGAUUAUGUUGUAGAUGAAAUAGAAAGAAGCAGCUCAACAAUUGCUCGGUUAUUACAAGAGAACUACGACCUCAUGAUGACGUUGCAAAGUAAAACUGAUGAAUCUAUUAAGCUUGCAUAUGAUAUUUGUGGUCUGCAAGAAAACUUGAAGAGUCAAAGCCAUGAAUUGGAUUCUGAGAGAGAUGCCAAGGCUGCACUGUUGGUUAAGGUUCAAGAUCUUGAUUCACAGUUGAAUGAGAAGCAUGAUAUCUUACUAGAUUUGAGGCAGCAUAAUAGUGAGUUAAUGCAAGAGAAUCAUGAUCUCACGACCUCUUUGCAGGGCAAUAUUGAGGAUUCUUUUAGGCUUUCAUCAGAAGCCAGUGAUCUGAAGGAAAAAUUGGCAAACCUUCAUGAUGAGUUGCACUCUGAGAUAAAUGCUAACGCUCUGCUACAGGCUAAGGUGCAUGACCUUAUGCAUACUUUGGAAGAAAAGAAUAAUAGCUUGCACAAUUUAGAGAAGCAUAAUAAUGAGGUGGUUCAAGAAAAGCAGGAACUCAUGAUUUCUUUGCAAGGCACGAUUGAGGAAUCUGUCAAGCUUGGAUCAGAAAUAAGUGAUCUAAAAGAGAAGUUGAAAAGUCUUCACGAUGAAUUGCAAUCGGAAAAAGCUUCUAAGGAAGGUAGAGUGCAAGAUCUUACUACUGAACUGCAUGAGAAGCAUAACUGCUUGCUUGAACUGGAGAAGUGUAACACGAAGCUAAUACAAGAGAAGCACAAUCUUGUGUUGUCCUUACAGGGUGCAACUGAGGAAUCUGCAAAUCUUGGAUCUGAAAUCAGCUGUCUGAAAGAAAACAUGAGAGCACUGCAUGAUGCAUUGCUCUCUGAGAGAGAUUCUAAGGCCAAACUCGAGGAUACAACUCGAGACCUUACAUUUCAGUUAAAUGAGAAGCAUGGGAGUUUAAAUGCAAUGGAGAUGCAAAACAUUCAUCUAAUACAAGAGAGGCAAGAUCUCACAGAUUCAUUAAAGGGUAAAACUGAGGAGUCUGUCAAGCUGUCAUCUGAAAUCAUUAGUUUGAAAGAUAAGUUUAGAAGUCUGUCUGAUGAAUUGGAUUCUCAGAAAGAUUCUAAUGCUGAAUUAGAGGGAAGGGUACGAGAUCUUACUUCUGAAUUAAAUGUAAAACAUCUGAAUAUACUUGACUUGGAAAAGCUAAAUACCGAACUGGCUCAUUUUCGAGAGAGGGCAUCAGAGUUAGAAGUGGAGAAAUCCCAACUACAGUAUCAUUUGCUGCAGAGGGAUGAGUGUAUUGAAAAACUCAAGGAAGAUUCAUCUCUUCUUAAUGAAAUGAGAAGUCUUGUUCAGAAGCUUGAAUUAUCUGAUGGGUGUCUUGGAAACCUUAGGGAACAAUAUGAUGAUCUUCAAGCAAAACUGAAUCCUGAUUUUGCAAAUGAGGCAAAUCAUUGUGAUGAAAAGUUAAAGUUGCUGUCAUCCCUCGAUACUGUAAGAUCUGAUCUGGAAGCCUCUCUUGCUCAAAAUAAGGUUCUUUCAGAUUAUAACAAUGCUUUAGAGUCGAGAGUAAAGGAAUACAAGAAUGAAGUCACAAAUCUAGAAGUUUGUCUUUCAAAGGCUAAACAUAGUCGUGCACUCGAAAUAGGACAUCUCAAAGACUUGCUGACAAUUGCAGAAGAAGAGAUUUGUUGCUUGAUAGUCUCCAAAGAGGAACUGGGGGUAGUGGUGACUGUGCUCAGAAGCAAAUUAGAUGAACAGCUUCCUUAUAUGAGUUUGCUAGAGAAAUACCAAGAUGAGCUGCUGACAUUACAAUCUCAGUUUAAUGAGCUUGAGCACAAGCUCGCUCAGCAAGUUUUGAAGACUGAAGAAUUCAAGAAUUUAUCUCUUCAUUUAAAGGAACAAAAGGCUAAGGCUGAAGCAGAAUGUGUGCUGGCUAGGGAAGAAAAAGAAUCUCAAGGACCACCGGUUCCCAAGCCAGAAUCCUUACGGAUAGCCUUUAUUAAAGAACAAUACGAGACAAAGGUACAAGAACUGAAGCAACAGCUUUCUAUGUCUAAAAGACAUGGAGAAGACAUGCUUUUGAAGCUCCAAGAUGCAAUUGAUGAAAAUGAAGGUAGGAAGAGAUCUGAUGCCUUACACACUAAAAGAAAUGAGGAACUAGCCCUCAAGCUCUCGGCUUUGGAAUCUGAACUACAGUCUGUACUGUAUGAAAAGCGUGAAAUUGCUAAAGCUCAUGAUCGGAUAAAGGCAGAACUGGAUUGUGCACUUCUAAGCUUAGAAUGCUCCAAGGAAGAACAGGAAAAGCUUGAAGCAUCUUUGCAAGAAUAUAAGGGAGAAUACUCUAGACAUGCAAGAGAUGGGUCUACGACAAAACAUCAGCUGGAGAUUUUUAAGUGCCAAAGUACUAGCAAAGAAGUAAAACAUGCAACUGAUGAAUACCCUAAAUCUUUGUCCCCAAAUUCCUCACAUCAAGAAUAUUUGGGUUGUCCAGAAAAGUUGGAUGCAUGCUCAACUCCUGCUGGUGAAAGUGAGGAUUUGGCUCUGCUCGACAUUUCACAAACAGCUCAGGUUGUGCUUUCUGUUGAAGGAAAACUGGACAGCCAACAUCUGUCUAUUGAAGAACUUCCAUCAACAAGUUAUGAUGUGAAUAGCAAUCUGUUUGAAAUUCAAAAUUUGAGGGCUAGCUUGGACCACCUACAUGCAGAGUUGGAAAGGAUGAAAAACGAAAACUCUCUUGUUCCCAAGGAUCAUAAUUUUCACCCAGAUUUUCAGGCUUCCCAGAGAGAACUUGAACAAUUACGCAAGACAAACGAAGAUCUUAGAAGCAUGUUUCCACUUUUCAAUGAAAUUACAACCAGCGGCAAUGCAUUGGAAAGGGUCCUUGCACUGGAGGUAGAGCUUGCUGAAGCUUUGAAGGAAAAGAGCGAAUCAAAUAUCAUUCACAGUUCCUUCUUCAAGCAACAUAGUGAUGAAGAAGCCAUCUUCAAGAGCUUUAGAGACAUUAACGUGGUGAUUAAAGAAAUGUUGGAGCUAAAGGCAAGGCAUGCUGCAAUGGAGAAUGAACUGAAUGAUAUGCAUGGCAGAUACUCCCAGCUAAGCCUCCAGUUUGCCGAGGUUGAAGGUGAAAGACAGAAACUGAAGAUGACACUCAAGAAUCUUCGCGGGUCUCGGAAACUUUAUCAGCUAAGCCACUCCUCUUCCACCACCAUCCCAGCUGAUAGUUUUUCCUCAUAGUAAAAGCUUACUAUUCAACAGCAUAUAAUGAUAACAUUCAAUCUGCCUCUGAUCGCCAAAAAAUGAAACCUUGAUUUUGUUUUUCAUUCAGCUGAUAUAGGGCUUUGUAAAUACCAGAUAGUACGGAGCAGUGUGGUAGAAUCUAAUUGUAAGCUCUUAUCUAUGAGGUUAUUAACAGUUUGAUAAAACAAUUGCAACAAUAUUUUAAAAGAAUUUUAUAUUUUCAAUAAACAAUAUUGUAUAAG